UGCCUUUUAAAGCGAGGGGGGAUGGCAGGAGUGCUGUCAUUUCAAUACUGAACGAGUCUCCCUGAGGAGGUUGUACAGCCCUCGGUCACCCUUGGCGCCCCCCUUAUUUUCGUUUCCUUUGCAGGCCUCUUUGAGAUCUCCCUUGUUUUAUUCAACACACGCCGCUUCCUCUGGUCGAAAUGUACCGGUAUUUCGGAGAGCUGGUGAGCCGCGGAGCGGGCAGCGCCCUGGCGGCGGGCUGCGCGGAGGCAGCGAUGCCAGCUUCAUCGUCCGUCAUGCGGCUCAGGCACUACAGCGACGCCGCGGAGAAGGAGGACGACCCCAACUUCUUCCGGAUGGUGGAGGGCUUCUUUGAUCGCGGCGCCGCCAUAGUCGAGAACAAGCUGGUCGAUGACUUGAAGACCCGGGAGACACCCGAGCAGAAAAGACACCGAGUGCGGGGGAUCCUGAAGAUCAUCAAGCCGUGCAACCACGUCCUCAGCGUGUCUUUCCCCAUCAAGAGAGACAACGGAGAGUGGGAGGUUAUCGAGGGCUACCGAGCACAGCACAGCCAGCACAGAACUCCCUGCAAAGGAGGCAUCCGCUACAGUACAGAUGUGUCUGUGGAUGAAGUAAAGGCCUUGGCCUCGCUGAUGACCUAUAAAUGUGCUGUUGUGGAUGUGCCGUUUGGAGGUGCAAAAGCUGGAGUCAAAAUCAACACCAAAAAUUUCUCUGACAACGAGCUGGAGAAAAUCACGAGAAGAUUCACCAUCGAGCUCGCCAAGAAGGGAUUCAUUGGACCGGGUAUUGAUGUUCCUGCCCCUGACAUGAGCACCGGCGAGAGGGAGAUGUCCUGGAUCGCUGAUACUUACGCUAACACGAUUGCUCACACUGACAUUAAUGCUCAUGCCUGCGUGACUGGUAAGCCCAUCAGUCAGGGAGGAAUCCAUGGCAGAGUGUCCGCCACAGGUCGUGGUGUUUUCCACGGCAUUGAGAACUUCAUCAAUGAGGGGUCCUACAUGAGCAAGCUUGGACUGACCCCAGGUUUCAGUGACAAGACCUUCAUUGUUCAGGGCUUCGGAAAUGUCGGUUUGCACUCCAUGCGUUACCUCCACCGCUACGGUGCUAAAUGUGUGGGUGUGGCCGAGAUUGAUGGAAACAUCUGGAAUCCCAAUGGCAUAGACCCGAAGGAGCUGGAAGACUACAAACUGCAACAUGGCACUAUUGUGGGCUUCCCUAAUGCCCAGCCCUAUGAGGGCAGCAUCCUGGAGGCAGACUGUGACAUCCUUAUCCCAGCCGCAGGAGAGAAGCAACUCACUCGGAAGAACGCUCCUAACAUCAAAGCUAAGAUCAUUGCUGAAGGAGCUAAUGGCCCCACUACACCAGAUGCUGACAAGAUCUUCUUGGAGAGGAACAUCAUGGUCAUUCCGGACAUGUACCUGAAUGCCGGCGGUGUGACUGUCUCCUACUUCGAGUGGCUGAAGAACCUGAACCAUGUCAGUUACGGUCGUUUGACCUUCAAGUACGAGAGGGACUCCAACUACCAUUUACUGAUGUCUGUGCAAGAAAGUCUUGAGCGGAAGUUUGGAAAGCAAGGUGGCCCCAUCCCUGUGGUUCCCACUGCAGAAUUCCAGGCCCGUGUAGCAGGUGCCUCAGAGAAGGACAUUGUGCACUCUGGACUUGCCUACACAAUGGAGAGAUCUGCAAGGCAAAUUAUGCGUACGGCCCACAAGUACAACCUGGGCCUGGACCUCAGGACAGCAGCUUACGUCAAUGCCAUCGAGAAGGUCUUCAAGGUGUACAAUGAGGCUGGCCUGACCUUCACAUAAAUCCUCAAUCUCCUCCCUCGACAAGAUUCUUUCUCUGUAAACGGCCUUAGACCAACCCUGUGCCCCAUUACACCACAACCUUUUGUUGUUGUUUUUUUUAGGGUAUACAGUGACACCUAUAGUAUCCCCAAGUAAUUAAAGUAAAUAAAAUGAAAUAUUAACUCUCCUAUCUCAUAUUUUGCCAAGUUUUUCCAUAGAAUUCAUUCUAAUUCUGCUGUAAUUUCUGUAUCCUCCGGUUAUAUAUGACAUUAAUACAAGCUGCUAGUUAUGUCAUGGAGUAUGUCAUGAGCAUCAGUAUGCUUUAAUGUUAUUUAGUUCCAGUCAAUCACAUUACUGUUAGUUUUUUACUAAUUUGUUUUUAACUAAUGUUUGCUGUAUUGGGUCGGCAUCCAUCAUGCAAAUGACAUUAUUUUCCUUCACCAGUUCCUCAAAACAUUAUUAGAUUCAUUUGUAGUGUCUGUUUUCCCAAAAAACUUGUGGCCCCCACCUUAUGAGUAUAGAAAGACAACACUAAAGAUGCCUUAGACCUUAGAGCAUUAGUUUUGAACUCUGAGGGUUUACUGUCUUUCUUCCCGUAGUUUAACGUUCAUAAAAUACCUCACAUAGGAGAAAUCCAUCCAACACACUGGUCCUGUUUAGCAAUUUGUCUUCGAGACAUGCUAAACCUAAAAUCUUCAGUUUAAAAUGUCUGAAUAUUAAAUCCAGUGGAUUUGCUAUUUGCUGACGCUCUGGAAAAGUGUGUGUGUUUGUGUAUGUGUGUGUGGGCGGGUGAGCGUAGCUCAUGGGGGAAGAAAACCAUUCACAAAGCUCAUCUACACCAUCCUGUGGAAAUUUGUUUGGAAAAAUUUGUAUUGCUUAUUUUUUGUUGUUGAGAAUAAAGAAAUGAAAACA